AUGUGGCCCACAACCACCACAUUCCUGAUACACUUCCCUAUAUUGAUGAUCAUAUUCAUACCCUUUAUUCACGCUUCAAUUUUCGUACACUUUACAUAUAACCAACCUCUUUCCCCUUUUCAAUCCCUUUUCUUUAGCUCCGUAAAAUCCAAUCCAAACCCCAUCUCACCAACACCUGAAAACACCCCACACAUUCCACUUUCUUCGGAUCUGUGCCCUAAAUUUCCAAUCUUGAAACCUAAUUCAAUCAAGUGCGUUUUGAUUAUCUUGGCUAAAACCCUAGUUCAUCAUCCAAUUUGAAGUGGGUAUUCAACAAUCUACUGUUUUGUGGCAUGACCCAGUUGGGUUAAAGUUGAAAGAUUUGAAAAACAGAUUUGGGUUAUUUGUUUGUUAAUCAAAGAUGAUACAGUUACUGUUUUUUCUUGUGUUUGUUGAGGCCUUUGUGGCAUUUCUUUUAAUGGUGAAAAUUGGGCCACUUAGAGAGCUGGUGAUGAAUGGGUUGGAUCAAGUGAAAAUGAGAAAGGGGACUGUUUUGACUAUUGCUGGGACAAUGUCUGUCAUCUUGUUUUCGAAUUGGGUUAGUAUUGUUAAGAUUCAAAAUAAGGGUGCUAAGAUUGGGACAAUGACACCAAUGGAUCAAGUUCUUUGGAGGACUCAUUUGCUAGAGGCUUCACUCAUGGGAUUCUCACUGUAUCUUGGCUUCUUAAUUGAUCGAAUGCACCACCAUCUUCAAAAGUUAAUUAAUUUGAGAAAAAACGGUGGUUCCAAAAAAGAAGUCGAAAAGCUCGAGGCAGAGAAGCUGCAGCUAAAAGAAAACGAAGAUAAAGCAAAAGAAGAAGUUAAACAACUGCAGAAAGAGAUAUCCGGCUUAACAGAAACCAUAAAUAAGAUUAAACUCGAGUCCAAAGAAAAAGAUAAAAAGAUUGAAACUGCAGAAGCUCAUGUGGCUUCCUUACAGAAACAAUCUGCCGAUUUGCUUCUUGAAUAUGAUCGCCUUCUAGAAGACAAUCAAACCCUUCAAGCCCAAACAAAAACCCGACAUUUUUGAGGUUAGAUUGAUUCUUAUGAUGUUAUUUUAACCUUAUUUUCCUAGAAUUAGAGGGUUAAAGUAGUGAGAUGGCGAGGUUGGUUUGAUGACCAUUGUUUACCGUUUUCAUGUUUGACUCUACAUAUGAUCUCAUGUACCUUGUAUUAUUCGGGUUCCCAAUUUUCAUAUCAUUUUUUUUGGAAGCUA